AUGUCCUCUGAUUCUAUCACAAAGGAGGUAAUCACAAACUCCAAUUCUCUUCAAUUGGAAGAGAAGAACAACAUCAACGACUAUAUCCAUGAAACAAGACCUUGGUAUAGAGUACCACAUCUACGUACACUCUGCUUCCAUGUCUUUGUCAUCACCCUAACAUCAACGAACAACGGGUUCGAUGGCUCUAUGCUUAACGGUUUACAGUCCCUUGACUACUGGCAGAGAUACAUGGGGUAUCCAACAGGUGACCGUCUAGGUGCCUUGAGUGCAGCACCCAUCUUUGGUUCCAUGGGUGUGUUCUUCUUUGCUCCAUAUCUCUGUGACAGAUAUGGUAGAAAGUUCGUCAUUGUCACAGGUCAAACCGUCGCUUUGAUCGGGGCUAUAUUACAAGGUGUGUCGAACAGUUACGGCUUCUUCUUUGCCUCUCGUUUCAUCAUUGGACUUGGUUCUGCUACUGCAACUGUUGGCUGUCCAACUUUGAUCUCUGAGAUUGCCUAUCCAAAGCACAGAGAGGUGUGCACCUUCGCCUAUAACCUAUGCUGGUAUCUCGGUGCAUUGAUUGCUGCAAUUGUCACCUAUUUCACGAGAACCAUCGAAUCGAGCUACUCCUGGAGAAUCCCAUCUUAUCUGCAAGGCUUCUUCCCUUUAGUCCAGCUUGCGAUGCUAUGGUGGGUUCCUGAGUCUCCUCGUUAUUUGGUUGCAAGAGGUAAAGUCGAUAGAGCUGAAGACAUUCUGAGCAGAAUACACACUGGCAACUCAACCGAUGCAAAGGAUGUUGAGCUUGUUAGAUUUGAAGUUACUGAGAUACAGGCAGGUUUGGAAGCCGAGAAGGAAGCUGGUGCCAAUGCAAGCUAUCUUGACUUCUUGAACAAGAGAGGCUAUAGAAAGAGAUUGUUCCUGGUUGUCUUCACAUCAACAAUGAUGCAAUUAUCAGGGAAUGGGCUGGUGUCGUACUACCUGAACAAAGUGUUGAACUCCAUUGGUAUCACCGAGACUUCCAGACAGCUUCUCAUCAACCUGUGUCUUAUGCUGUUCAACCUGGUGGUCUCUGUUGUGUUCUGCUCAGUAUCAGGACUCUUCAAGAGAAGAACCAUGUUCAUCUCGAGUUUGGGAGGCAUGCUCGUGUGCUACAUCAUCUGGACGGUGUUGUCUGCCAUCAACCAGCAGCGGAACUUUGAAGAUAAAGGUCUCUCCAAUGGUGUUCUGGCAAUGAUCUUCCUAUACUAUUUCGCCUAUGACAUCGGCCUUAACGGACUUCCAUACCUCUACAUCACCGAGAUCUUGCCAUACUCCCACAGGGCUAAGGGAAUCAACAUCUUCCAGUUCUGGAUGCAGAUCGUGCUUGUAUAUAACUCGUUUGUCAACCCUAUUGCGAUGGAUGCGAUCGAAUGGAAGUACUACAUCGUCUACUGCUGUGUCCUGGCCGUCGAGGUUGUCACCGUGGUGCUGUUCUACCCGGAAACCUCCGGCCGUUCCUUAGAGGAAGUCGCAGAGGUGUUUGGUGACACCAUUGAGCAUGUUGAUAACUCUGUGGUGACUGUCAAGAAGACAAGACCUUCUGUGGAGCACGUUGAGACCGCGUAG